ACGGUCGCUGGGUGCAGGUGGGGUCCUUGCGGCCGUUAGUAACGGUCGGGCUGACACGAGUGAGGAGAGCGGGAGCGACAGGCGGCGGCGGUCCCGGUCCCUCCCUCCCCGCACCCCCGCCCGCCUGUCCCCGAGCCUGGCCGCUCGGGGAUGGUCUCCCGCUGACAUGGGCGGCAGCAGUUCCAAAGGCCGCAGCUUCUGGCCCUUCGGCUCGGGCGCCGUCACGGACGCGGCCGACGGCGAGCGGCAGCAGAGCCUGGCCCGGUACCGCGGCGGCCGCCUGGGCGCCACCCCCUUCGUGUUCAGCCGCAGGAGCUCAAUGUAUUAUGAUGAAGAUGGUGAUCUGGCACAUGAAUUCUAUGAAGAAACCUUCGUCACAAAAAAUGGAAGGAAAAAAGCAAAACUGAAAAGAAUUCAUAAAAAUUUAAUACCUCAGGGGAUGGUUAAGCUGGACCAUCCACGAAUCCAUGUGGAUUUCCCAGUGGUUUUAUGUGAGGUGUGACCGGAAUGGAAGCUGCUGUCAGAAUAAAACUGGACUAUAGGAGUUUGCCAGAUGCUGAACCCUUGAUGGUCCUGUAAUUUGGUGAUGGAGACUGGUCUGAGCGUGUGGCAUCUGUUUAAUUUCCGUGUAGUUUUUAAUGCUAAGAGCCAAACACUCAAACGUUCCCUCUGUAUGAUUGUUUAUAGAGUGAUCUGUUAAAUUGAAUUCAUUUAUAAGAACACAGUACAGAUGUACAUUAGAACUCUUGUGCUAUUUCAAGUAAUUGUGUUAGAUUACUGUCACAUAUGUUUAAAAACAAUGUAAAUAGUAGCUUUAAUUUAAUGCAGUCAUCAGGGGUGUUUAAACAUUUGAGUUCUGUAUAUACACAUCUGCACAACAUUUGGCAGUAAAUAUAAUGGCAUAUCUUUGAAAAUUGAUUAGUUGCAAGGUUUUGUUAUUUAUGACUUUUGUUUGUUAAUUUUCUCAUACUAUAUAAUAAAAAAUU